AUGAGUAGGGAUCGUGGUGGUAUAGAGCUUGUUUCUCAUGGCAGAGGGGUACGUGACUGCUUCGAAGAGAAUGAAAGCGCUUCUGAUGCGCCUGAUGGUGGCAUGGAGUGGGUUUCCAGUGGGGACGCAUCCGAGGAAUGUGUUAACGACGUUGACGACAUUUAUAGUAACCGCGAUGAUAGUGGCGCUGAUGAGGAAGGAAACGAGUUUGGGCGAGAAUAUGAGGACGACAGGGGUGAGUUCCGCAGUGGUUUUGCGACAGCAUUCAGCAACAUUUUAGCCCGUGACCUGGAAAUUCAACAGAGACACUGCCAACAGGUGGAAGGGGCUGGUGUUGACGUUAAUCCAAGAGUUGCAACCGCCGACGGCCAGGUGGCAACGGCGGGAGCGAAGGAGAAAAUUUGCUGCAUUUGCAAGGACAAAUCUGUUUAUACAUGCCCUGGCUGCGGUGCCCGGACAUGCAGCAUGACGUGUGUGCGUGUUCAUAAGGCGCAGUUCAAUUGCAGUGGGGAGCGCAAUGUUGCCGAGAAAGUGCCCCUAAGUGAGUUCACAGAUAAGCAACUUGAACGCGACUUCCACUUCUUGGAGGACACACGUCGCGUGAUAAGUAAUUGUGAGCGCACGUUUCCAAAAAUGUGGCGCUACACUUUUAGGGCGCUUCCUCCCCCACUUUAUGCCCUACGAAAGGCUGCAAAGCAGCGAGGAGUUGUAUGCCAAAUAACCUCCGAGGGAAUGUCUAAGCGUGACGCAAACACAUCCCGGUUUGAUCGCAGGACAGAAACGAUCAUCUGGCGUUGCCAGUUUAACUUCCACACCCCCAAUUUCACCGUAUCCACAGACUGGGGAAAUGAAAGGCACAAACUUGGCGAUAUUUUGACGUACUGCUGGGCUAAAAAUCCACCGGUCCACUGUUUUCACAUUAAUCGAAGGUACAACCGUGCCUCCAAGUGGAUUGGGAUUGAGGGAGAAAGGGAAGGGAAAGAAGUGGAACGGGAAGAAGAAGGGGAAAAGGACAAGGAGAAUGUUGAAAAUGGAAGGGAAGAGAACGAAAGUGUGGAAUUCAGGUGCUCCGGUGCCAGUGACACUUUAGCCGACAUCAGUACAAGAAAAGAGGACUCAAAUGAUGAGGAUGGUGCCGUCGGACCUCUGUUCGUCGAAGUGGGUGACAAACAACAGCAACAACAAGUAUGGAAGCCGUCAGUACUGGACAUUAGUCCCCAGUCGCCCGAGGAAACUAAAAGUAAAGAAACUGUUUCUGCGUUCCUCUCUCUGGGUCCCGUCAUUAUUUUAGCGCAGGCAGAGCGACUCGGACUGGAGAAGAAGUAUUUUCGGCUUUCCCCAUCUCAAACCCUCAAUGAGACAUUGCGUACCCUCUUCUUCAUCAAUGAGUUUCCUGUGUUCGAAGUCAUUCAUGCAUCAGAUCUCGAGUCCUAUGCUCUGGUCACGGAUGCUGACAAGGAGCGGAUACGCGAGAGUUUCCGUGCAGCUCCACGUCCAACGAAGCCGGAGCGCCCACCGCGUCCAACGAAAUCAACCUUGACACCGGAGGAGCGUGACCGUUAUGCUCAGGUGCCGUGCCGCCUCUUUCUCGCGGGGUGUUGUAAACUCGGUGAAGAGGAGUGCCCGUACAGACACUGUGAAUAUCAGGACGUCCCGGUUUGCCGUAGUUUCAUGAAGUUCGCUUCCUGUGAAAAAGGCAACCGGUGCGUGUUUCGGCACGAUGCCACCGCCGUAGCGACGGCAAGGAAACGAAUGCGAGAGGAGCGCCAGGCUGUACAACUAGGCAGGCGGCGUUUUUAG